ACCGGCCCUCGCCGGCUGCUGCCUGCAGGGAGCCAACAGCUGCCGCCCGCUGCGCCCGGCGCUGGGCUGGGUCCGCCCAGGAGUAACCGAGGCAAACCGCAGGCAGGCAGCCGGGCAAAGGCGUCAUGCCCGCCAGUACCCCCAGACCCUCCCUAGGAGCAGCCGCUACGGGGAAACGGAUGAUAUUUACAGGCCCAGAUGCUAUUCGUGAUUACAGAACAAAGCUCCCUGAGUAUACUCGCUACAUCGGAGCAACCACUCCAGCACAAGGGGCCACCAGUGACCUUGAGUACUUGUGGCGUACUGCCCCCUGGACAACUUCUAUAUUGCCCCACAAACAUUCCUACCCUGGACAAAUUGGCUGGGGAGUAACAGAAUUUAGUUAUCUCAACAGAGGAAAUCUGCUCAGUGGCAUGCAGAUUAAGACUGGAGAAUUCCGUCAGGCUGCUGAAGAUGAGAUAACUCAUCGAUACCAGAAUCCAUGGCAGCCUCCACCCAAUAUUCUUGAUCUACAAGGCUCCAACGCUAGGGGCAGGCUUGCCUGGAAUUGCACUGACUAUGACAACUUCUAUCACGCUGACAGCAAAUGGGCUGCAAUGACCAGGGAUAGCUGGUCGUCAAAGGGAUCUGCGCUUCCCAGCUUAAAGCAAAGACCAGUCCACCAAAAUCAAACUAAUUCAGCUCUGCAUGCUCCUAGAGAUGAAGGCAAGCAGCGUACGCAGAUUGGAACUACAGCUUUCAUCAGCCAUGCUAAAAGUCUCUUCGGUGGACCUGCAAUGAGAUAAAUGCAGGGAGAAGCUCACAACACUCACCACCUUGGAAUAAUUCCAUUUUCUAAACUUGUUGUUUGACUUCGGAGCCAGCGGCGCUGGUAGCUACUGGAAGAGGAGGAUGAGGAGCUUGGUGAUGGGAACGGUGUAAUCAAGAGACUACUCAGAGAUGCUGUCAAGAAAACACACACAUGGACAUUUUGUAGGGUGCUGAUUAAACA